UACGUCUGGUAGCAACACGUCGGCCCUAAAAAUAUGCUAAUAAUAGCAGUUUUUACUCAACACGUCAGACUUUUUUUUGUCUUGUUUUGCCUGUUGUCCUUCGGGAGUGCUGCAGGAGGACACACUGGGAUUUAUGGGGGUUAGAUGAGUAAAAUGAAAUAAAGAAAGUGAAUCUGUGUUUUGUGAUCAGUUUAAUUUGACAUGAACACGACAAACACGCUUUCUUGGCAAUCUUUGUGAGUUAAAAAAAACCGUGUAGAAAUAAAAACGAACAGCGUGUGUUAUUAGGGAAAUAUCGGGCGAGCGGCAUUGAUGCAGGAUUGCGCAUGCGCCGUGAGCGGUUCUGAUACUUUUUGGGUCGCAGCGCCGCUUCAACAGUGCGAUACCCUCACGAGGGACGAGCGAAAUAUUAAACACGCCAGAAGUCCGUGCGACCUCACGACUGCUGAUCGGCAGCUGGUCACGUGGUGUUAAUUGCCUCUCGUAACCCCCUGUACACUACACGACGCUCGGCGCAAAACUCGCCCCGAUCUCAUGGAUUCUCGCACGAGUGGAAAAUCGGCUCAAAAAAGUGAAAAAGUACCACAGUGUACGCCCGGCUUUAGUCACUUUAUUCACUCACUCAGUGAUUUUUGCAUAUUUUACUGUUUUAUCCAUCUUCUUGCUGCUUUAUUACUUCCUUAUUGCCUAUUUAUUCAAUGUUCGUAUGUCCAACAUCAUGCUGCUCUGCUGUUAUUUAUUUUAAUUUUAUUUUUUUAAUUGCCCCUCGGGGAUAAAUAAAGUUUUUCUGAUUCUGAAAGGUGAGACCCUCGCUGACCUCCUGAAAACCCAGUUGUGCUCACCUGACAUUAAAGACUUUGAUCCAACCAAAGCCAUUGACAUCUGGCAUGCUGACAGUUUGUGCAGACGCAGGCCUGAAUUUGUGCGCAACAAUGCAACAAAAGAAAGUGAUGCUUACUCAGAUUCAGAAAAAGAAACAAGUUCAGAGAGCUCUGAGGAUGAGGAUGUUUGAUUCAGAGGGAAGAGAUACAGUGGGAAAAAAUAAAUCAAUGUUGCACUUUCUAUAUGGUCUUGUGUGUAUUGCAGUAUGUGUGCGUUUUUCACAACAACAGGUUGAUUUUGAACCCUGGUUUUUACAAUGAAAGAAAGUUUAUAUUUUGGAUUUGUAUUUCAAGCUCUCACUUUGUGUCGUUCUUGUCCUGACCAGCAGGCGGCGGUAACACGUUCAUUGUUCUCCAAGCGCCAACCAAAACCAAGACGAAGUAGAAGUAAAGGACUGUUGUCAAAGUUAGCUUGUUGUAUGAGGUGAAUAUUGAGUCUCUGGUUUAAACAUGUAUUCAGGAGAGUCUCUGAUGGACUUUGUCAACAAGCAAGUAGCUACUGCUAGAAAACUCAUCACGAAGGUUGAAGAAGCCUUGGCCCAGUUCGAGGAAGGGCUCGGUGAUCAGCGCAGACUGUCGGAUGUGAGCUGGGAACCACGGAGCAGCUCACACGGAGCAGAACUUCCACAGCAUCAUGUCUGGGAAAACAAGAUGGCUCUAACUGACCAGCAGCUCUCUAAACAGAAAUGGACCUCCAGUUUGGACCAGAAGGAACCAGAACCUCCACUAAUGAAAGAGGAACAACAAGAACUCCUUAUCCAUCAGCAUGAAGGGCAGUUUCUUCUGAAGCAGGAAGUUGUUACCUUCAUGGAGACUUCUCCUUCUGAAGAAACAGACUGUCAUGAACCAGAACCAAACAAGAACCAACCCUUGUGUCAGAGUACUACAGAAGCUGAGAACCAAGAUCAGGGUGGAUGCAGGAAAGAAAACUCAGAAUCAAACAGCAAUGAAGAACUGACACGUAAUAAAAUAUGCCAAUCCAAAGAUCACAGAGACAGUGUAGAUGAUAAAAAACAAAAAAGGCACAAGAGGGCUCACACAGGUAAGAAGCCAUAUCCAUGUAAAACUUGUGGUAAAUGUUUUAGUGUCAGUAGUUCCUUGACUACACACAUGAGAAUUCACACAGGUGAGAAGCCAUAUUCAUGUAAAACUUGUGGUAAAUGUUUUAGUGACAGUAGUUCCUUGACUACACACAUGAGAAUUCACACAGGUGAGAAGCCAUAUCCAUGUAAAACUUGUGGUAAAUGUUUUAGUGACAGUAGUUCCUUGACUAAACACAUGAGAACUCACACAGGUGAGAAGCCAUAUCCAUGUAAAACUUGUGGUAAAUGUUUUAGUGUCAGUGGUCACUUGACUACACACAUGAGAAUUCACACAGGUGAGAAGCCAUAUCCAUGUAAAACUUGUGGUAAAUGUUUUAGUGUCAGUAGUUCCUUGACUAAACACAUGAGAACUCACACAGGUGAGAAGCCAUAUCCAUGUAAAACUUGUGGUAAAUGUUUUAGUGUCAGUGGUCACUUGACUACACACAUGAGAAUUCACACAGGUGAGAAGCCAUAUCCAUGUAAAACUUGUGGUAAAUGUUUUAGUGACAGUGGUCACUUGAGUACACACAUGAGAACUCACACAGGUGAGAAGCCAUAUUCAUGUAAAACUUGUGGUAAAUGUUUUGGUGUCAGUGGUUCCUUGACUACACACAUGAGAAUUCACACAGGUGAGAAGCCAUAUCCAUGUAAAACUUGUGGUAAAUGUUUUAGUGACAGUGGUCACUUGACUACACACAUGAGAACUCACACAGGUGAGAAGCCAUAUUCAUGUAAAACUUGUGGUAAAUGUUUUAGACAUGGUAGUAACUUGACUACACACAUGAGAAUUCACACAGGUGAGAAGCCAUAUUCAUGUAAAACUUGUGGUAAAUGUUUUAGUGAGAGCUGUUCCUUGACUAAACACAUGAGAACUCACAUUAUAUCACUGAAUUGCUAAAGCCUCAUACUCCAACCCGAGCCCUCAGGUCCACAAACUAGAACCUUCUAGAAGUUCCAAAGACCAAUUAUAGAAGUCCAGGUGAUGGCUCCUUCCAGACUGUUGCACCCUGACAUUGGAGUGGUCCUCCUUUUAGCCUUACAUAGUCUUGACAGUCUGGACACUUUUAAAAAAACAGCAGAAGACCCUUUCAUUUAAAGCUGCCAUUCCUAAAUAUUGUAUUUUCUUAUUUUUAACUCAAAUUUGUAAUCAUCUUUCCUUUGUUUAAUGGUAUUUUAUAAAUAUGUGACUUAGAUUUUAUUUCUGUUUUAAGAUUACUAUGAUUUUAUGACUUAAUGAUUUGUUUUGAUCUAUGUGAAACACCAUGUGAUUUUCUGUCUGUGAUGAGUGCUAUAUUAAUAAAAUGUAUAUACAUGUGAAAAGCCAUAUCUAGGGAUGCUCCAAUCAAGUUUUUUUGCUUCCAAUCACGAAUUCAAAGAGUGUUCAUUACUGAUACUGAUCACACAGCUUGGCCAAAAAUUUCCUGUAAAGUUAUGAGUUCUACAGAUAUGAUCUGGGCAUAAAGGAACAAUAACAUCCACUAAAAUGGCCUAUAUUAAUUAGAAUGAAAAGGAAACAAUUUUUAUAUAGCUCCUCUCAAGAUAAAAAUCAGGGGCGCUUCACAAGAACAAAAAAAUUCAAAAAUAAAAAUGAUUUUGAAAAAAAUCUAAAAAUUGUGAUUAAAAAUGUAAGGAAAGGGAAUGCAAAAACGAAGAGGAAAGAGAGAAAUCGGUGGAUCUCGGGCAGAAUAAGAAGGGUGAUGAUGAAGGUAACAUCAAAGCCAGCCUGAACUGGUAAGAUUUCAGCUGCUUUUUAAAGGAGACCACUGAGUCCAAUGAUCUCAGGCUCAGGGGGAGAGAGUUCCAGAGCCUGGUGCGCUGCACAACCAGGCUUUGGUCAAUGGACCUCAGGGACCUGCUGGGGGUGUAGGGACUGAGAAGAUCACCAAUGUAUGAUGGAGCUUGUCCAUGUAAGGCCCUAAAACCAGAACCAGGAUACUAAAUUGAAUUUGACUGGCAGUCAGACAUGUUAGACAAAAACAUAUUUUUAAACAUUUUUAAGAGAUAAAAAGACUUGCAGCACAAUAAUUGUGUUUGUUUCUGUAUGUUCCCCGAAUAAGUCAAGAAACUCAAGUCUUCUGAUUAAACAUUCAAAGGCCAAUCAGAUUGAUAUUUCAUAUUUACAUGGAAUUAUCACAUCUUAUUGAUCAGUUCAUAUGUAUGUAGUGUUGUAGCCAAAAAGGUCAAGAGGUCAUCUACAACAUAUAUUGAGUUGAAUUAUGAGUCCUUAGGUUAAAAGCUUGCUGAGAGGGCUGUGUUCUGUGUAAGUGAGGAUUAACAUGUCCAGCUUGUGUAAACCAGCUCCAGUGGACCUUGAGCCCUCGGAAUCAUGUCGGGAUAACAGGGCUGGUCGACCCCUGGGCUGGAGGGUGCGUCGAACAUUUGGAAGUGUAAAUAUCACCCCGUCCUCUCUCCACAUUUGUCAAGGGACGGUGGGAGUAGCCCAGGGACAAAAAGCAUAAAGUUAGGACUCCACAUGUGGUCGAGGUCUUUUUUGGUCUUUUUGUAGUUGGCUGUCCUGAGAUGUGAGAUGAAUGAAUAAAGAGACCCGCGCUGCCUGACUGAGCUGCCCGUUUCCGACUGCUUCUUUAAGAAUAACAGAGAAACCCCACAGUAGUCAAUCCUUAAUGCAACAGUGUUGUAAACUUCUACCUUCUACUACCUUCUCAGAUGUACCUAGGUUUGGUGCAGGUUGUGUUUUUUGUUUCUCCCAAGCCCCCACAAUGCGGUCAAAAACUGAAGCAAACCCGGAAGUGAAAUAAAUUGCAGUUCCACCCUCAUCCGCUGGGGGCUGGUGUCAGAAGCGAGCAAAUCCUCAUUGACUCCCAUGUUAAAAACACCAAUUUCACAGCAGAAAUGAACAUGUUUACAGCCUGGUACCAAAACAUGUUUUUGGUUUAAAUGAUCUAGUUUACACUCAGCGCUGGACUGACCAUAGGGCAUAGCGGGCAACUGCCCGCUGGGCCGACCCUUUCAUCUUUUAUGGGCCGGUGUCUUUUUUUUCUGGCCUCUAGUUGUUGCAGACAACUUGUCCGCGCCGCCCCACGCGACGCCUCGUAAAAGUUGGUGGAUUGGCCAAUUGGUAAUAAUACACUCUGGGCUGGACCAAUAGCCAGAGGUCUGAUGCACCCGCCAGUUGUUUGAGUCUCAGUAAACAGACAGACGAGCUUAACAAAAUGGAGAACAACAAACGGAAAGGAGGAGCGGAGAAAAUUCGACUAAAAAAGGAACUGGCCCUUCAGACAAAUGCUGGCACAUGUGUUAAAAUCUCACAGUUGUUUGGUAGUGAAGGUUCAAGUAAAAUCAAUUUAGAAAGUGAUGAAGCCUCAGCCCAGCGACAGGUUGGAGAAGAAAAGAGGGAGGAGGAGGAGAAACCCGAGCCGGCUGCCUGUCCAAGUGGCAGAACCGAAAUCCAGGUAAGAAGUUAUCUGGGUCAAAUAUAAACCAAGUUCAGGUGUAGUUUAUUGUCAUAGUCCUGCUUGCUAACUUUUUAAAGUCAGUUACAAUAACUCAUCUUACUGUUUAUUAUACGGAGUUUCUACUGUUGGUCGGGUGCUAGUAAAUGUUUAGGGUUGCCAAAACCUUCCCGUAAAAAAACCGAAUCGUCCAUAUGAGUUGAAACAGAACGUGAUUUGUCCUGUAGUUUAGCUAGACUGAAACAAAAAAAAAAAAAGAGACAACGCUGUGGUGUUUUUAUUCAUGCUGCUCGGCCGGCCGUCUCCUUGAUCCCCACCAUUUUUUUCUUCUUUGUUUUAUUGGCAAUAAAGGCGGGUGACAUCUAAACUCAGGUGCAUUUAAUCAUCAGCGGAUCCGUUUAUUAGCCGAUGUUUGCUGUAAAAGCUGCUGGUCAUGGUGUCAGUUUGCAUCUGAAGAGAGAGAAACAUCGAGAAGAAAUAGGAGAUCAUCCGAGCAGCUGAACAGUUAAUGGAGAAACUGUUCACAUUUUAGAUUACAUGAAUGACUUGAAGUAAAGUUAUGAACAAAUGUCACCAGGAUUCUUUAGCUGAUAGGAGAGACUUCUCCUGAAGUGUUGGAAGAAACUCACAACAAAGAAUCACGGAUGUGUCUCACUCUAGAUUCUCCGGGUCAUAACUUCUGAAUUCCUAAUCGAAUAAAAAUAAUUCAAACGGUUGCUAAAAGUACAUAAAGCGAGCUUUCCAACGAGAUAUUACAUGAUGUAAUUCAUGUUACUCCAAAAAUCGCUAUUAGAAGGAAACCAGCUUUGCAGCGUCAGAAUGAAACGGAGCGACCCGCGAGGGGAGAGCAGAGAACCAAAGGGAGGAGACCGUCUGAUCCUCUUCAUCAGCAGCUUUUAUAAAGUUAUGGAAACGUCACAAAUAAAAUCCACCUGGUUGGUCAGGUGUCCCAGAAGGCUGUUUCUGUAGAUGGUGACAUGAGGAGGGACAGAUUAAAGUCACACUGGUUUUUAUUUGAACACUCAACUGUUUACUAAAUGAUUCAGCUUCAUUCCAGCAUUAUUUAUACUUACAUUAAAUAUUUAUUUAGCUGAAAAUAUAAUUUUUAUCAGUGCAGAAUUUUAUUAGUUGACUUUUUGUAAUGAAAUGUUUAGAUUUAACCUUUUAUUUGGCUUAUUGAUCUUCAUAAUGCUGGUAGAAAUGUAGCUACAGGUGUGAAGUAGCCUAUGAGUGUUAUUUUAUGAUACCUAGUAUUUAUUUUACUGUAUCCCGUUCUCUGGACCAGAGCGUAGACCUGUGGUCACAGACAGGCUGCAGUCAUUAAACUGGUAAUCGUGAGGUCAGGGGUCACACUGUUUUCUGAGUGUUUGCAGUUCUGAGUUUAAAUACCGGUAGUUCUUUUGACAUAGUUUGCUCAAGUCAUUUUGAAGUUUCUAAUUAGUAAUAAACGUAAAGAAAAUUCAAAUCCGUUUUUUUUUUCAUUUAAGCUGCAGUUUUACAGACUUUAAUAAACAUAAACACAAAUACAAACCAGACACUGAAAGCUGAGGUUGUUCUGGAAAAAGGAGCAGAGCUACAAACAUUUUACACUUUUUAUUACAAUUUUAAAGCCAUAAAACAAAAAAAUACCAAUUAUAUUUAUGGUCAUAAGAGGGUUAACCGUGAUAAAUUUUCUGCCUCCCAUAAAGAGAUGGUAAAAGUGAAUGUGGGCAUAAUUAUAUACAUUUUACUUUAUUAUGUAUUUUUUAUUACUGACUAUUACUCCAAAGGGUUCAGAUGAAGGCAACUGGACUUCUUUGGUUUCUUUAAAUCAUUUCACUUCUCCUCUGAGGAGCUUUGUCAGCUCUAACUGGAACAUGGGAGAGUCAAGCUUAUAAGCUGUAGCUGUCUGUUGUUAUUUAAAGAGCAGAAACUACUCUGAGUACCCCGCCUCUCCAUCUCCUGAUGAGUCGUUAGCCUCUAUUGCUGGUGAGUCAUUGUGUUGAUUAGAUGCAGGAAGAUGUGACCUAGACUGAAACUGAAUGAGAUUCAAAGCUGCAUUAUUGGUACUGGAAAGGUGAAAUCUAAGCCCCACCCCUAUUUAAAGUGGGGGUUUCACGUUAUGACAUAGAUAGCUUCUUUUACUCCUCUCUCAAAUCAUCUAUCUUCUCUGUCCAGAAUGUGGACUUUGUCAUUUUCAAAGGUGUGUCCCUUGUCCUUCAGGUGAAGGUGGACUGCAGAGUUUUGACCUGAAGAGGUGGCUCUCCUGUGUUGUGUUAUGUUCUUGUGUAGUUGUUGUUUAGUAUCUCUAAUGUAAACAUCUGGACAGUGCUCCUACACUGGACUGCAUAAACGACCCCACUGAGCUUCUGUUUGGGUGCUUUGUCUUCUGGAUGGACCAGGUGCUGUCUGAGGGUGUUGUUGGGUUUAAAGUUUACCGGGAUGUUGUGUUUGGAGAAGAUUCUUCUAAGUUUCUCUGAGACUCCUGCCACGUAUGUGAUGAUGGUGCCUUUGUGUAAAGGGUGUUGUUGUUAGGUUGGUAGCAGAGCUCUCAUGUUUAGUGUUAAGUUCAGUGAGAUCAUGGAAUGGGAUCAAGAAUUUUCUACAGACAGGAAAAAGAUCUCAGCUAACAUAGCUGUAGAUCACACUGGAUAAAUCUCUGUGGUUGCAUUUAUUUUACAAUUAUUUUACUACCUCUUACUAGAGCUGUCUUUAGUAAGCACAAAAUAUCUUUGGUUGUACACCUGUGCAAUAGCAAUACAUUAUCUUGAUUCCUGUUAAAUGUACUUCCUGAAUGAGUGACCUUUUCAGGCUAAAAUAACAAAAUGACAAAUACAGACAGAAGGACGACUUCUUUCUUCUUUUAUAAUGCAUUGCAUCACCACCUCAUAUCAGAACAGGACUCAGUAUUGGAAGAUAAUCAAAAAUCAAACAACUUGGACUCAGAUCAGGGGCAAAAAUGUGGUUGUAACACUUCUAGAUAUAAGUCAGCUUUAUAAACUAAAACUGUUAUUUUUGAACUAACAUUAACACUAAUGACACUAAUUGAUAUAUUUUUAUUAUGUUGUUUGAACCCAAGGGUUUCAUUAUUUGAAUUUUCUAACUUGUUGGAUUGCUCUAUAAGUGCCCCUUUUUUUUUUUUACUUUGAGCACCCGCCCCGUCAAAGUGGAGCGGACUUGGAGAGAGACCUGACCGCAGAAAUACUGCAGCUCGAUGAGUUGGUUGAUAGCAGAGGCGGUUUUACCAUUAGGCAUAGGUCGGCGGCCUCCUGGAGCCCCCUUGUUUUGGGGCCCCCUAGCCCUGACCGCCGGCACCCCUCUGUUAAUGCCACAAUAAUCUUAUUACCAACCUGUCACCGCAGACGGGAUUGGACAUGCUUCUCAUUAUCAUAAUUCCUGAACCGUUCAAGAUAUUAUUAAAAUUCCAAAUGUGCUGGAAAGAUUAAAAAUGGGGCUUUUCGUGCAUAUACAAUACAUUACGGUAGCCACCGGGAUCCCCUGUCUUGAGCGCAACAAAUCACAACACAGAUUCAGAGAAGUGCUGAGUUUGUCAUCCAAAGUGCUCCGUUUUAUAACUAUUGAAUGGCUGAUCAGAUUCAAAAAAUUCCAACGGUUCCUAAAAGUACAUGAAAACAGCUUCCCAACGAUCUAUAGCAUGAAGCAAUCAGAGUUAUGGACAAUAUCGCUACAAGGGGAAAUCCUGCUGUACUGCCUGAUUGAAACGGAGCGCAGCGCCACGGUGAAAGCGGAUAACGGGACGGGGAAGCUAAUUAGCAUAAAAAGCCAGCAUGAAAUUAUGGUGUCACGUUUAGGAGCAGGAGGUUAGGACCCAAGAUGCAGAACCCAGGAUGACAAGAGGCAGGAGUGGAAUUGUAAGUAAAAAUCCUUUAUUUGGAGGAAGAACAAAAAUAAAUCCAAACGGCAGGGAGCCAAAAUCCAAAAAUCCAGGGAGUCAAAAAGCACAAGAGGGACGAGCAGACUGACAGAACAAAUAACGCUGACAAACAACAUAAGACACAUAACAGGGAUGCAGACAAGGACACAUGAGGGCGCUAAGAGAGCACAAGGGGAGCUGGGGGAACAAAGGGACACAAGAGGGAAUCUAGAGAGGGAUGGAGGACACCAGGAGGAACAUAAAGGAAGGGGGCUGACGCAGACCAUGACAGUACCCCCCCCCCCCCCUCAAAGGGCGGAUCCCAGACGCCCACAGGAACCAGGAGCA